GUUUCUUUGGUAAUUCAUAGUGCUCUAGGAAUCCUUUGCCAUGUCAUAAAUAUACACUAUAUUGCCAAAAGUAUUGGGACACCCCUCCAAAUAAUUGGAUUCAGGUGUUCCAAUCACCUCCAUAGCCACCAAGGCAUGCAGACUGCUUCUACAAACAUUUGUGAAAGAAUGGGUUACUCUCAGGAGCUCAGUGAAUUCAAGCGCACUGUCGUGACAGGUUGCCACCUGUGCAAUAAGUCCAUCCAUGAAAUUUCCUUGCUACUAAAUAUUCCACGGUCAACUGUUAGUGGUAUUAUAACAAAGUGGAAGUAAGUGGGAACAACAGCAACUCAGCCAUGAAGUAGCAGGCCACGUAUAAUGACAGAGCAGGGUCAGUGCAUGCUGAAGCGCACAGUGCGCAGACGUCUGCAGAGUCAAUAG